CGGGCGCCACGGCAGUCGCGCGCCGAACGCGCAGCGCAUCGCACGCCCGUGAUGACACAGUGAGUGACAGUGACAAUGGUGACCGGUGUCGGGCAGCCGGCCGUGCCGGAGAAAAAAGCAGAGAAUAGGAGGAGCAAUAAGCCGAUAAUGGAGAAGAGGAGGCGAGCGCGUAUCAAUAAUUGUCUCAACGAACUGAAGGCGCUCAUAUUGGAUGCCAUGAAAAAAGACCCAGCCAGACACUCGAAGCUCGAAAAGGCCGACAUCCUCGAGAUGACCGUGAAGCAUCUGGAAGGUCUCCGGACCGAGGCAUCCCCGGACCGGUUUCGUGCCGGCUACCGGCAUUGUCUGUCCGAAGUGUCCCGGUUCCCGGGCCUGGAGGCCGGCUUGAGGAAGCGGCUGGUGAAGCAUUUGGAGGGGAAUGUGGAGGGGGCAAGGCCCCCGGGCGCGCCAACACCGCCGUCUGAUGCUGAGGACGCGACCGCUAUUCCGCAUUCUACUAUUUUAAUAUCGGCGGGCCCCGGCUCCGGAGUACGCCUCGUUCCAACGCGCCUCUCCAACGGCGACAUAGCCCUGGUCCUCCCAGCCGGCGUCAGCGCCAACGCUCUUGGAGCAGUUCCGAACCUCGUCCCCCUCUCCCCUCGAGCGUCCUCCGCCUCGUCAGAACCCAGGUGCUUCUCGCCAGCCAGCUCUGGAUGGAGCUCGCCUCCACCUGCUGACGAUCCAGCGCCUUUAGCUUUAGUUACAAGGAAGACGACGGAGGAUAAACCGUGGAGACCGUGGUGACAGUGUUUUGUAACGCUUUUUUUGAGAAUUCUGAAGGAAUGUCGGUUCACAGUGUUUCUGGUUGUUGAUUUUUAUGUGGUUUAGUCGUCAUCAGAUAUAUAUAGGAGCGGCCGAGGAGCUCAAAGAUAUAUGAACACUCUAACGCCUUGAGAAUAGAGGCGUGUUCAAAUAUUUGUGAGCACCUUUGAUGAUGAUGUAAUUUCUAGCCAGUGUAAAGUCAAUCCCACUGUCUUAACUUACAUCACAUUUUUUUUCAAGUAUUCACAAUGACAUUUCCAUUCGGAAUUCUCAAAAAGAGCAUAAGCAUAAUACUUAUUGGAUUCUGUGAUAUACUUUUAAGUCUGUGAGUGGCAAGAAUGAAGUUCCUAGAUUAAAUAAAGCGUGUGUGUUUUAUUUAGAUAUGUUUGUAAAUAUUGAACGUGUAAAUUUUCCUCAAGUUACUUGCAUGGCCAGUACGAGUAUGUGUGCGAUAUUUUAAAGUACAGUCAGCAGCAGAAGUUGCUAAGCGGGCCAGGUGUUCAAAAUGAUCUUGACGCGAUUUUAUUGUUAAGAGAAUAAGAGCGUGUCAAGGUAAUUUUGAACACCUCGCCCGCUUAGCAACUUCUGCUGCUGACUGUAUGUAUUUAAAUUUCAUUCGGAGUCGGAUUCUGGUUUAACAACUUGUUACAGUUUUGAUCUUAUUUUGAUAAGACUUUGAAGCAGGGACCCAAUACCGGUAAAAUUUUCAUACAAAUAAACCGGUAUUCAAUUUCGGUAUCACGGUUGUUUAUGUACAUGCACUUAAUUCAGCUAAUGUGAUCAAUCAUUUUGCUUACCUAAAUACUAUUAUAUAAUAUCAAAGAAAUAUUGUGAAAGCUAUGAGAUAUUUAUAUUUUUAGUUAUACCGGUAAUGGUCCCUGCUUUGAAGAUUGCUCUUGCCUUGGUGCAUGCGAAAUGAAGUGAAAGUCGUGCGUGAGAUGAUAAAGAUAAAAGAUAAAAAAUAGUUUAUUCAAGUAGGCAUAUUACAAUGCGCUUAUGAACGUCAAAUAAAUGCGCGCCAAUCACCAAGACAAUCGAGGUCGUGUCAAAACUAGCUCAUAACCACAACAUUUUUUAAAUUAGAAUCGUAGAAUCGGCCUCUCGGCCUUUAUUUUAAUUUUAACGGUGUAUUGAUUUAGUUUUCCUUGUUAAGCUCUUAGUUAUGGUUUGUAAAUUUGUGAAAGACAUCUGAGGCAGUAUUUCGUAUGAUUAUGUGAGAGAACGGUAUGUUCGAUAUAUUUUAACACAGUAAAUAAUCCUAAACAAACAUUAUAUUGUGUUAUUUCUGUAAGUCGCUCCAUUAUUUAUACAGAAAUCCAAUUUUGGACGUGAAUUUUGACAUUUGUAGGCCUUGGCUAAAUUAUUUUUUCAAUCGAUAUCGAUACCUACUGGUAUCGAUAAUUUGUAUUACCUACUUAUGAGGUUUAUGUAUAAAAACCUUAAUGGAUUUUAUAUUAUGCAUUUUAUUAACAUACAGUGACUCAGUGACUCAGUGAGGAUAUAGAUAUACUAUCAAUCAAUAAAAUAAAAAAACUAAGAACAAUUUUUAAGCUUUUGUGCUUUUGUGUUCUUAAGAAAUUUAAAUUAGAUGUUUUUUUCUCAAUACAAGCAAAUCAUCUUUUUAAAUAGAAAAUUUAAUUACCCUGGAGGCCUAUAAACAUCUCAAAUAUCCACCUACAAUUUCAUGUCUUCAUUAAGAGUUAUACCUACGAACCAAGCCACCGCCAUACAAUGAAGGUACGCGCUCUUUUAAGCUUGUCAUUUUAAAAUAGGAGUGUAACUUUGAUUGUGAGGGAGCGGCUUUUUUGUCGGCGGGUUUGUGUGACUCUUAAACCACUCGGUUAUCGGCUUUGCUAACACAUAAUAAUGUUAUCGCUAGCGACAAACACUUAAAUAAGAUAUUUAAACGACUUAAUUAAAUAGGUAACUGUCCAUUUAAAGAAUUCUGUGUGCCUUACAGCAAAAUCGAAUAGUCUUCCAUUACUUAGAUCUAAGUGAGAUUAUAAUAAUUUAUGUUUAUCUUAAGUGCUUGAGAAAAAAUGAGUUGUUGGCGCUUGAGUAUAAUAAAAGUAGCAAACAAAGUAUAACAUACAUACAAAGUAAACAUAUGUUAUGACUCAUUUGUUUCGUGUUUUGUCUUUGAUGUUUUAUUAAAAUAUAAAUAAACACUAGCCAUUCUAAUUUAAAAAAAAAUUUGCCAAUUCUAUUUAAUCUCUAUUUUAGUAAAAACUAUGCCAAACCACUUUUUUUUUCUUUCGAGCACUUUUUAUCACUUAAUUCACUUAGUUCUUUUUAAGUUAGUUUAAAUUAGUAGGUUAAUUUAAUAAAUGCUCAAUUAUUUAGCUUGUUACCGAAAUAAAACAGUCGAAUAGUGUCUUCCUUUAUAAGUUACCUAAAGCGGAAUCCAGCAAACAGAAAUAUAUGUUGUAAUAAGUGAAAAUUUAUCUCUAAAAGAAAUUUAGCGUUGUAAACCAUCUCUUUCAGGAUAUUACCAGCGGUUACCACUAUUUAGGGCAUCCAAUGUCCGACGAUUCUCAAUACUCGUUUUGAAAUUCGAUAAUGGGGCCAUUGUACUAAUACUGGAAUUCCGGAAUUAAUACCGGUAUUGAUAUUGACCAUUUAAGUGUUUUUUUCCUUGUGUAGAUUAUAUUUUUGUUUGUUGUAAUUUGCGUUACAUAUACACAAAAUCUUUCUUUUUCAAUUAGUUUCAUUAUCAUUGCAAAAAAUGGUUCAAGGCAUAUUAAAAAAAAAUCCAUAAGGAAAAUCCGAUUGUGGUCGUUUUCAAUUCCGGUAUUGCAAUAUCGUAUAAAUCAGUCCGAUAUUCCGGCAUUUUGGAAUUCCUCAAUUUCGGUAUUCAUGCCCUAACACCAUAUUGUUGGCGCUCUGGUAACACCUGGGGUUAUGUUCAUCUUAAACCCUUUGCUUUGUUUCUAUAUUUAUAACAUUGGUAAAAGUAGAGAAAAGUAAUCUCAGAUGUUACCAGUGGUAAUAUGAUGGUAACACGCGGGAAUAAACCUCAUUUUUGCACUGAUGAUCACCUUGUACUGACUUCAGCAUGUUUAUGUCAAGAUUUUGUGUCAUAUACAUAGAUAUAUUAUAUAGUAAAGAUUGUCAUCAUUCAUAUUUUAUUUUAUUUCCUUAGUAUAUUUUUUACAUACAUGCGUUUUUAAGCUGAGAACCUUAGUAAAUCAGUUGUAGAUUUAAGCUAAGAUAUUGUAAUGUUUUGAAGAUAUAACCGAAGGCAUUGCUAAAGUAAAUUUUAUUUUAAAAAUAUAUCUAAUAAGUACCUAUGUGUGUAUUGAUGUACCAUCGGUAAGUUUCCAAAGUUUCCAAAAUUUCCAAAUGGAAAAAAUUCGGAAAUUUCGCAUAUUUUUGUAUGGCGAUUGAUGUGUUCAUUUCCAAAAUGAAAGUUUCCUUUGUUUCCUGUGAAAUUUCUGAAAACUCUUUCAACUUUUUGUAAAUGUUACACGACUACCACACAUGUAUAGGUGUGUAACAACUAUUAUGUGCAAACAUAUUUAAGAUAUAACCUAAAUUAAAAUAUUAAGAACUUUUAUUGUGUCUAACAGGAACGUAUUACCUUUUUUUGUCUUCGAAUAAAGUAUAUUAGAGUAUAUAUCGUGAUAUUAAAUACUAAGAUGCCUCUAAUGUUGUAUAAGGUACCUAAAAGUGUACAGUUUCUAAAACUAAGAGCUAAAUGUACCUAAAAGAAUAUGCCAUUUAAGUAAAAUAGAAAUACAUUUAUGAUAACAAUA